AUGGCCGAGCAGCAAGAGGUGAUUUUAUGCACUUCAGACGACAUGGAAUUUCAUGUGGAGUAUGAGGAAGCUUUGCAGAUGGAGUACGUUAAAAGUUUAAUAGAAGAUCCGGACAAUGACAGAAGUUUGCUUCUCAAGAUUUUAGUCGAAAAAACUACUGGCCCAAUUUUAGAAAAGGUUUUCGAAUACAUACGAUAUCAUUUGGAAGCCAACAAAUCUAAUAGACCAGAGGAAGAAGUGAAAAAUUGGGAUACUCAGUUUGUAAACGUUGAUCAACAAAUUCUUUUCCAUCUUCUUAUAGCUGCUGAUUUUCUGAACAUAAGCAAUCUUUUGGACUUGUUAUUGAAAACUGUAGCUGACAUGAUGAAAGAUUUAUCACCUAAGCAAAUUCGGGAGCUAUUUGGCAUAACAAAUGAUUUUACUCCGGAAGAGGAGGCUCAAAUCAGGCGUGAAAUUGAAUGGGCGUUUGAUUGA